AGCUGAGUUGCCUGGUAUCUAUAUAAGCUGGUAGAGUGCUCGCCUAUUGUACGGUGGAGUGUCGUGGGUUCGAAUCCCACCUAGGUGGCACUUCUUCCUGGAAACUAAUGGUUAUACUGUGAACGUUCUCUACGGAAACCACUGAAUUGCAGGCUCCGGUGGCUAUGUAGAGUCUCUGGACUGAGUCCUGCUGUCUACACUCUGAGAGUAGUGGCCACCAACCGCAGACCUGACACGGAGUUUAUCAAGUCUCGUUUCGAGAUCACAGACGAUGCAGAGCGCUGUACUCUCCACCUUAUCAAUGGUGGAGUGAGUGUGAGUGGAGACAGUGCCACAGUAGAGUUCACUGGGAGGGGACCUGUCCACGGCUACCUCUGUUACCUGGACAAGAUGGACCCCUACCAGUGCUCCAGUCCAGUGGUGAUGAGUGGGUUGAGUUAUGGGAGACAUGUCCUGAAGGUGGUACCCACUGACUGUGGCAGGAACAGAAUGAACCUGAAAACUGACUUCAUCAUUGGGUGAUUGCUGACAGUUUGCUGACACAGACCUCUGUAGUUAUGAAAAAGGACCUGCAAUUUGUGUAUAGCUAAAGUUUUUUUAGGUUUGUACGAUGACAAAUUUUUCACUAGGUAGCUAUGAUUUUGAUCAGUAUGUAGUAGUUAUGAAUGUUGGUGUGAAAAUAUCAUUUAGGGUGAGA